AUGAAUUCUCAUUAUCUAAAAAUAGAGUCACCCUAUCGUCGUAUAUGCUAUUUUACCAAUUGGAGUGCACAUCGUUCAAUGAAAGAAGCUCGUUUGUAUCCUGAAGAUAUACCAGCCGAUUUAUGUACACAUAUUUUUUAUGCAUUUGCUACUGUGAGCGGACAAAAUUUACAAGCACAAAUACCUCAUGAUUUACAAGUUUAUCAAGGCGAACGACCUCUUUAUCCAAGAAUAAUGAAAUUAAAAGAACGUAAUCCGGAUUUAAAAAUUCUCGUUUCAUGUGGUGGUUGGGGAAAAGCGGGUGAAUUUAAUUCUCUAAUCGUAUCAAAUGAGUCAAGUAUAGCUACAGCUGCUAGUGAAAUUUUAAUAAAAACGGGUUAUGAUGUACCAGUUUUAUGCAAGUAUUUGGAUAUGAUCAAUGUAAUGACGGGAGAAAGAGGUGUGGAACGGGGACUAAAUACCAAUACAUCAAUGUAUCACUGGGUGACAAGAGGAUGUCCACGUGAAAAACUUCAGAUUGGCAUAGCAGGUUACGGACGUGCGUUUUCAACAUUUAAUAAGAAUCCAUUAAGAGCAUUUGGAGAACCGAGUGAAGGAUCGGGUGGGGUAUCGUCACCGUACUUGGGAGAAAGUGGAUUAUUAGCUUAUUAUGAGUGUAAAUAUGUGAAACAAGAAAUGUUUGGAGGUGCUAUGAUAUGGGCAUUAGAUAUGGAUGAUUUUCACGGAAAUUUUUGUAAAAAUUCAUAUGGAAAAAGGUUUCCGCUCAUCACAGCCAUGAAAGAAGAAUUUCAGUUAGAAGACGAUAAUCGUAUCUUACCGUUAACAACCAAUAAAGCAAAAACACUGAAAGAUCAUGAAAUUGAUUUAGCUGAAGAACUUGAUCAAAUAGAUGAGUUUAGUUCAAUACUCGAUCUAAUGUUCCAUGAAGCUGAGCAAUCAGCAUCAAUAGGAACUACUAAUACACUUUGUUUCACCUUGUUUUUGUCGCCUCUGUUGGCAAGUAUUGGCUAA